ACAGCGCUUGUCCAAUCGAACAAACCAACGCGGCGGACGUUGGCCGUCAACUCAAGCCUUCGGCGUGGAGCAGAGUGCCAUUCAAUCCAGUCAUUACAUUACUCGUCUGUCCCCCCAAGUUUGCCAAGAUGGCGUACCGAGUUGCCAGCCCCGAGUUUCGAGCGUCCAAUUCCCAAUUGCUCUUCCAAGCUGCGUCGGUGCCCAUCACCCGCACGACGCUCCAAGAUGAGGCCUUCGGUGGUGAGUCCAUGGCGACGCUCUACCAAGCAAUGAUGCCGAUGGAAUGGCGCCAACCCCUUGAUUCUCGAGAGGGGUAUCCGUACACUCCGGCCUCCGCCCAAUGGUUCCAACCGCCAAGCUUCAGCGGCAGCAACACCUCGAACGACAGUUUCGUGUCGGAGCUGCCCGAGACGGACGCAGUGCAAUGGAUCCCGAGCACACAUGCUCCAGGCGUCGUUGGAGAGGUUAUCAUGCCUCACGAACUUAGUGUGCAAUCCGCUGUCGGCGCUGGCUAUUUUCUCUUGCCCCCUGAGGCCGGCCCGUCGUCAAGUCUCUUCGCCUCGGUGCCCCUGGAGCACCGCGAGUGGGCCCGACUACCGGAUUACCAGCGUCAACCGACAGGCGAGUAUGGCACUGGCCAUGACAGGAAGAGAAGAGCGGAUCCGCAUACUGAUGCGGACGAGGAAGUGGUGGGGCCGAGGAAGAAAAGGGGGCGCGCGCCGGCACCGAUUCAGACAGCUGAAGCCAACGCCGCUCUGCCGAGAUACACCCCCAUCAUCAGCCGGGCUUCAACCUCGGACAUGAGCCAUGCACCAACCACGCCAUCACCGCCAAACAGCGCGACCGUCCCUCCAUUUGACCUGGCCGACGCCUACUAUUCGGGCUCCCACUAUCAGCUCGGCGGCGGCACCGCAACGGCAGCACCUAGCUUGGGCACCGCGUUCACCCCCGGCCAGACCGCUUUUCCGGAGUCGCCGAGACGGAAGGGGUUCCGCACCAGGCGCUCUUCUUCCGACGCUGCUGUAAGCACGGCGAGCACGGCGAGGAGCACUCCCAGCCACAGCACAACAACAAGCUCGACAACGACGAGCUCAACAUUCCCAACACGACCAGUCACCCCUAUUGAUAAUCAUAGGGGUAGUACAAGUACAUCCCCAAGCAAACCCGCCGCCCAGGCCGCCCAAUCAUCAAACUCGCGAGUGAGCGUCCUGGGUCAAGCCAGCCGGACGACGACAACACAGUCCCAAACCCGCGACCGCAACCGCGCAGCCGCCUCGCGCUACCGCGCCAAGACGCAGGCCGCCUUGGCCCAGCUGGAGGCGACCGAGCGCGAGGUCAGCGUGCGGCGCCAGUCGCUGCUGACCUGCGCGAGCCAGCUGCGCGACGAGCUCUUCCGGCUCAAGAACGAGCUGCUCCGCCACGCCGGCUGCGACUGCCCCCUGAUCCAAGGCUACCUCAGCCACGCGGCCGAGGUCGCCUCGGCCGCGUUCCGGCAGCACCAUUCGAAUGAGACUGGGAAUGGUAGUAAUGGAAGUGCAAGUGGAAGUGGAAGGCUCGGUCGAGAUCAGCCUGAUCAGGUCGUCGUGGCCAGGAGUGAUCUGCGGGCAUAAUACCGCAAAGUAUUUGCAUUUUGUGUUAUCGGUUUCUCGGCCAGGGGGUUAGGGUAUAAGGAAGGUCGGUAGGGCACUACUAGUAGUACUAGUAGCUUGUGUCGACGGGUUUCAGUUUGAAAUAUUGGGGUUGUAACAUGAUGAUGAUGAAUGAUGAUGAUAAAUAGGGUGCAGGGUCGCGCGGUCUAGCCUCUCGACCGAACUUAGAGGCGGCGGUCUUGCUUGGGGCGAUGGGAGUAUUGUUUUGGGUAUUACCUGGGUUCAAAAGCUUGGCUAGGGCCUCGAAAGAGUUGCCCGGUGCGGGAGGUCGGUGUGUGAUGACAGCUUGAUGUCAUGGCC